AUGAGGUUGACAACUAAAUCGAUUAUAAGAUCUUCCUCCGCUAACCUCUCCCAUUCUCCAGCAGCGAGUUCAUGCGAUUCUUUUGUACCUAGAACACGAUGUGGCUUUGUGUAUGAUGACGUAUCUAAAGUCAUGAAACUGCUGAUUGCCAAGAACGCAUUCGUUAAUGACCUUAGCAAGGAAAAUCAUGUUCUACUAGAUCUAUGA